UUUAAAUUGUUCCUCUAAACACCUUAAUCUCCACACAAGCUCGCAUUGCUCUCUAGUACCAGUACUAUACUAAGAGAAGAAGAGAAUUCUGUAAAAGAGAAGCAUGAUGAGCAGCAGUUUAAUUGCAAGUUUUUGGUGCAUUUUUGUUCUAGUCAUGCUGUGCUUCGGCCGCACGAUAAAUGGGCAGCCUCUGGUGCCUGCACUGCUGAUAUUUGGGGACUCAGUAGUUGAUGUAGGCAACAACAACAAUCUUGAGACGAUUGUGAAAGCCAAUUUCCCUCCUUAUGGAAGAGACUUCAUCAAACACAAACCAACUGGUAGAUUUUGCAAUGGCAAACUUGCCUCAGACUUCACCGCUGAGAACCUUGGAUUUACAUCAUAUCCACCAGCCUAUCUCAGCAAGCAAGCUAGAGGCAAAAACCUCUUAAUUGGAGCUAACUUUGCCUCAGGUUCGUCAGGUUACUAUGACACUACAGCAAAAAUCUAUAAUACUAUUCCACUAAGCAAACAGGUGGAGCUGUACAAAGAGUAUCAGAAGAAGCUGGUUGCACUUGUGGGGCAGUCCAAUGCUUCAUCCAUAGUCAAUGGUUCAGUCCAUUUUGUCAGUGCUGGAAGCAGUGACUUUGUCCAGAACUACUACAUUAAUCCUCUUCUGUACAAGAAGUACACCACUGAUCAGUUCUCUGACAUUCUCUUGCAGUCAUACACUAAAUUUGUGAAGGAAUUGUACAAUUUGGGCGCAAGAAAGAUGGGAGUGACGACACUUCCUCCACUUGGGUGUCUACCGGCGGUGAUCACCAUAUUCGGGGAGGACCAAAACGUCUGCGUUGAGAAGCUAAAUAAAGCAGCAAUAUCAUUCAACAACAAGCUGAACUCCACAUCUCAGAAGCUGCAAAGUGAACUCUCUGCUCUCAACCUCGUCGUCUUGGACAUUUACCAGCCUCUCCACGACCUCGUCACCAAACCUACCGACUAUGGUUUCUUUGAAGCAAGAAAGGCAUGUUGUGGGACAGGACUGGUGGAGACAUCCAUACUGUGCAAUGCAAAGUCCCCAGGAACAUGCAAAAAUGCAACGGAGUAUGUGUUCUGGGAUGGAUUCCACCCAUCUGAGGCUGCUAAUAAGAUUUUAUCAGAUGAUCUGCUGGCUGCUGGCAUCUCUCUCAUCUCCUAAUGAUUCUAACUACAAAUUUCUUCUUCUUCUUAUUCUUGUGUAAUUCUCUUGUUUUAAUUGUGUGUGAUUUUCAUGUAUUAAUAAAUGAACAACUACUUUAAUUGGGAGUGAA